GUUAGAUUGGUUGCCAUGGAGACGCGUGAGGUUGCCUUGGGGAUGCAUACGGUUGUCAUGGAGCCACAGGCGCUGGACUGUUUGCGCUGGAGCUGCCGGGAUGUUGGACUAUGGAUCAGGCGGAGAGGUUUCCCACAGUACGAGGAGUGCUUCACAGAAAACUGCAUCAAUGGCAGGAAACUUAUUCACAUCAACUGCUCUACUCUGCCUCAGAUGGGAGUCACUGACUUUGAGCACAUGAAGAUCAUCUCCCAGCUGAUCAGAGAUUUACUGGACAUCAGUGAACCUCAAUGGAGCCGCAGUAUUUCUCUGCCUCACAGAGACAACAUGGGCCUAUUCCUGGAGCAAAAGUCAAGAACAGGAGCUGUCUGUGACUCCUUAACCUACAACCAAUUUAUUAAACAUCAAAGGCUGUAGAGGAUGUGCAGAAAUCAUCUGCUGCUACAUUAGAUCCAGCUGUGCUCAAAUAAAGAACUCUGGGAUGUGUUAAUCAACACCCAUUAUCAGGGUAAAAGAAAAGGUUUACAAACAUCUGUAUUGCAUUACUAUAAAGUAAGUGAUUUAUCGUCCUUUGGUUCUGCACAAUUAUUACAGAAACAAGAUACUGAGCAAUAUUCACCAAUAGCCAUUUCCAGCUACACCUGUUCCUAUAUUAUUCUUUUGUAAAAGAUUCUCUAUCGAUUGUAAAGAUAUAUGAAUGUUAGUAAAUCAGCUGCAUAGAGUAACAUAUAACCUCGUUUCAUGAAACUGCUUUCUAUGUACACUUAUGUGUAGCUGAGUUGCUUCCAUAUUCAAUAAAACUGUGUUCUAUAUAAUGAUUUAUUUACAAAAAUAAAAUUUUGCUUUCAAGA